UGGCGCUGGAGUAAAUAAGAAAAUUUUCACGAAAAUUUGAGUGAAAUUUAUUCACUAAAUUGCUAUUUAAGUUAAUCUUGUUCAGUAUGCUGCUUCAGUACGAGACACAGAUAUUUCUUGACUCUUUUCACGAAGAUGGACUCGCAAUAACUGCCAGUGGCCUGGGAAUAGACAGAAUAUUGCUGAAUUAUCUGAAGGUUUACAAUGAUCCUGGAAACCUAGUUUUGGUGCUGAAUACAACAUCUGUAGAAGAGGAAUAUUUCAUUGAGUGUCUGCUCAAAGAAGACCCACCUCCCAAGUCAAUGCCAAAGAUUAUCACCAAUGAGUAUUCAACAAAUGAAAGACAGUCCGUCUAUCUUGAAGGUGGAGUCCUGUUUGUCACUUCUCGCAUUCUAGUUGUUGAUAUGCUGACUGAUAGGCUUCCUACUGAGAUGGUGACUGGCAUCCUAGUGUACAAGGCUCAUAAAAUUAUCGAAUCCUGUCAAGAAGCCUUCAUCUUACGCCUCUUCCGUCAGAAGAACAAGCAAGGUUUCAUCAAGGCGUUGUCUGAUAGUCCACAGUCAUUCACCAUUGGUUUUUGUCAUGUGGAGCGAGUCAUGAAGAAUUUGUUUGUCAGAAAUCUGUACCUCUGGCCGAGAUUUCAAGCAGAUAUUGUUGCAUUCUUUGAUAGACAUAAGCCUGAGGUUAUUGAACUCCACCUCCAAAUGACCACAGCCAUGAUUGCCUGCCAGACUGCCAUCCUUGAUUUGAUCAAUCAGUGUAUCAAAGAGCUUGUCAAGUGUAACCCGACAAUUGACACUGAGGAGAUCACCACAGAAAAUGCCCUGACCAAAAAUUUCGAAAAAAUCAUCCGACACUAUUUGGAUCCAGUUUGGCAUCAGCUUGGUGCAAGAACAAAGCAGUUAGUUGCUGAUAUCAAGACUAUGCGGCUACUGCUGAGACACCUCAUCCAAUAUGACAGUGUGACAUUUUACAGUUUAGUUAAUUCCAUCCGGAAAAAUGAGAUGAACUUUGGUCAGAAUAGCGGCUGGUUAUUCAUGGAUUCAGCUGAUAGCUUGUACAUACAUGCUCGAGAAAGAAUCUAUGGCGUCCAGAAGAAAAUGAAAUCUUAUAAAGCUGGUGCUGAUGCAAAUGCCAAGGCUGCUGAGGAGAAGAAAGAACUAGUUCUGGAAGAGUGUCCAAAGUGGCAAGCCCUGAAAGAAGUUUUGAAAGAAAUCGAAGAUGAGAAUAAAAAUGCUGAUGAAGAACUUGGGCCUGGGAAAGUUCUUAUUGCUGCAGAGGAUGAUAGAACUUGCAGUCAAAUCAGACAGUAUUUGUGUGAAGGUGGCUUAGGUCUCCUGACACGCCUGUAUGAGAAACAACUCGCAGGUAAUGCAUUGAAACAGAAACCGGAGGAGAGGAAAAAGUAUCCGCUACGAAAAGGAAAGCGUCCGAAUGUCAAGAAACGGCAGAAGGCUGCGCCUGAUCCCGAAGAGGUCACACUUACGCAGAUGUACAAGAACCAAUCAGAUGAGGAGGAGAUUACAAGUGAGGAGGAUCAUCCCAAAGAAGACUUUGCCGGCAUGUCCAAGGAUGGCUACUAUCAUGUGAUUCCCUCACCCGUCACCAUCAUCCAUCCACUUCAUGGUUGUACCGAUCCCUAUAAUCUGUCCAGAACACUGCACGAAAUUCAGCCUCGUUAUGUUAUACUCUACGAUGCUGAUAUGAUCUUCGUGAGGCAGUUGGAGGUUUUCAAAGCCAGUCGGCCGGAUUUACCUCUUCGGGUGUACUUUCUGAUGUACACAGGGUCCACAGAAGAACAGAGGUACCUCACUUCUUUGAGGAAAGAAAAGGAAGCGUUUGAAUACCUCAUCAAAGAGAAAGCGACAAUGGUGAUCCCAGAAGAAAGAGAAGGCAAACAAGAAGAUGAUCAGUCUUUAGCAAGGGAUGCUACACCGGCUAACGAGACAGUGGGCCAGACACAGAAGACCAGGAAAGGUGGCAAAGAAACCGAGGAGGUGCAACAAAGAGUCAUAGUUGACAUGAGGGAAUUCAGAAGUGAGCUCCCAUCCUUGAUUCACAGAAGAGGAAUUGACAUUGAACCUGUCACCAUCGAGGUUGGCGAUUACAUCUUGACCCCAGACAUCUGUGUGGAGAGGAAGAGCGUGAGCGAUUUGAUUGGUUCACUCAAUAAUGGACGAUUGUACAAUCAGUGUGUCUCAAUGACUCGUUACUAUCGGCGACCAAUCUUGUUGAUAGAAUUCGACCAAAACAAAGCCUUUUCACUUUUGGGAAAGUAUGGGCUUUCUAAUGACAUGUCAUUGAAUGACGUCCUCUCCAAACUGACCCUGUUGACUCUUCACUUCCCUCGCCUCCGCAUCCUGUGGUGUGCUAGCCCUUACGCCACGGCAGAGCUGUUUGAGGAGAUCAAGGCUGGAAGGGAACAACCAGAUGCAGCAGCUGCAAUGAAGGUCCAAGAGGAGAUGGCAGGGGAGUCGGAAUUUAGUGAUAAAUACAGUCAUGGCCCGCAGGACAUGUUACUCAAGAUGCCUGGUGUGAACACAAAGAACUACAGAGACAUCAUGAACAAAGUCGAAAACAUCCAAGAGCUGUGCACAACAUCGCAGGAGGAGCUUGCCAAGAUUCUCGGAAAUGCUGGAAAUGCUAAGUUACUGUGGGAGUUCCUUCACAAAGAACAGGACAAUGUUGAGGUAGCUACGGGUACUGUUGCCAAUAAAACGGGUCCAAGCAAACAUGCUGGGAGAGGAAGGGGUAGAAAGAGGAAAAGAUGAGGAGAUGGGCAGGAAAUUGUUAUGCUGCAGUUCGAAUAUAAGCUCACGUGUUUUGUGAGUUUGAACAUUAGCAGUUCAAGCAUACCCAGUUUGGGAGUUUCUGUCGAGGUGCAAGUAAAGAACAGCUAUUAUCCUGCCAUUAUUGGGUAAGGCCUUGUAAAGUGGCUCAUUGAAAUCGGUGGUAUGAUGACAGGCUUUGCACUGGAUGUGAAGACUCAAUAUUUCACCGAGAAGUAAUAUAAUGGUGCUCUGUAUUUUCAUGAAUGCUCCCGUAUAGGAAAUGAUGUGACGUUCAAUGAAUUACAAUUUUUCAGUAAAUAAACCUAAUGUAUACA